CCGAAUGAUUUGAUAAUUGGUGCCAAAGUUUUUGUUUUAAAAGAUGAAAAAGAAAUAUUAGCCGAAAUCUUAGCGAAAAAUUUACGAAAAGGAAAACAAUUAUUUUAUGUUCACUACGUUAAUUAUAAUAAGAGACUUGAUCAAUGGAUUAAUAUUAACCAAAUCAAUUUGAAAAAACCGGUUAUUAGGCCAGAUGAUCCAACUUCAAAGACAGACAAAAUUACUGCUAAAAAGGGAAAGGCUUCUAGCUCAAAGACUUCAAAGACUUCAAAGACUUCAAAGGCGUCAAAGGAAAGCAAAGAUAUAAUGGAUCUAGAUGAUCUUGAUGUUCAAGGCUUGAAUUUAAAAGACGGCUUAACUCGGAAUCAAGAAAUAGAGAAACUUAGAAGUGGAGGAUCAAGAGCUAAUAAUCAUUUGGAGGUUUCCAAAAUUAGAAAUUUAAAUAAAAUCAUUAUGGGAAAAUUUGAAGUUGAACCUUGGUAUUUUUCUCCCUAUCCAAUUGAGUUGACUGAAGAAGAUGAGAUUUAUAUUUGUGAAUAUACUUUGCAAUAUUUUGGUUUCAAGAAACAGUUUGAAAGAUUUCGAUCAAAAUGCACUUUGAGACACCCACCAGGAAACGAAAUCUAUAGAGAUGAUUUGGUCUCCUUUUUUGAAAUUGAUGGUAAAAAACAAAGAAUUUAUUGUAGAAACCUUUGUUUACUAUCAAAAUUAUUUUUAGAUCAUAAAACUCUAUACUAUGACGUUGAUCCGUUUUUAUUUUAUUGCAUGACAAUUAAAGAUGAAGAAGGCUAUCACCUAGUCGGAUAUUUUUCAAAAGAAAAAGAAAGUGCUGAAGGCUAUAAUUUAGCUUGUAUAUUAACAUUGCCACAAUAUCAAAGACAUGGAUAUGGAAAAAUUUUGAUUCAAUUUUCUUAUGAAUUAAGUAAAAGAGAACAUAAAGUUGGAUCUCCUGAGAAACCAUUGUCGGAUUUAGGAUUAUUAUCCUACAGAGCUUAUUGGUCUGAAACAAUUGUUAAACUAUUAAUUGGUAAUAAGAGAAGUGAUAUAACCAUUGAUGAAAUUUCAUCAAUCACUUCAAUGACAACGGCAGAUAUUUUGCACACUUUACAAACACUAAAUAUGCUAAGAUAUUAUAAAGGCCAGCAUAUAAUUGUUUUAACGGAUCAAGUAAUUGAACAAUACGAAAAACUUAAAAAGAAAAAAAGGCAUUAUAUUGACAGCGAAAAGUUGGUUUGGAAACCCCCAACUUUUACUGCCUCUCAGUUAAGAUUUGGGUGGUAA